GCCGUUCUCUCAUCCUCCAAAGACACCACUUCCGGCAAAAACCCUCCAACCCCAGGCAAACUGCCAUCCGCGCGCGGACUCCCGCUUCCGCCGCGAGACUGGGCGCUCGGCGUACGACAUUGGUGGUCGCCGCCCGCCCCGCGCCUCCUCGUCUCCCUUCCCCUUCUACUCCCCACUGCGUUGCCUGGUGCCACAUGGUUCUGUGCUUCGCUGCACCAGGAAGAUGAGGUUAGUGUUCCGACUUCGGAAACUGCAAAGGACUACUCCUUGCGCUACCUGUCGUUGCUUGAUGAGUUCUUGCGUGGGGUUCUUGGAGCAUCUGGUACAAGUACAAUACAACCGCCCAGGGAUUUGGUUGGGUUUUCUGGAGACGGGUUCUUGGACCUAGGGGGCGUUCUUGGUCGGGAAUGAGCAGGUUUAUCUUGUCUUGUCUUGCGCUGGUGUGAUUAUUGGGAUGGUCUUGCCGACUAGCUCAACUGGAGGAGUAGGAUUUUUUUUUGUCGAACCGGAGGUUAACCCAUUUCCAUUACUGGAAGAGUAGGAUUUGGUGAGCUUUGAUUGGAUUCUGGAGAAAGAUUCUUGGAAACAGUAGUUCAUGACCAUUGGUCCGUUCUGGCAUAUUAAGAGAUAUUGGUGGUUUUUGGUGGCAAGAUUAGAGUUGCUGAUUUCUGCUAGUAAAUACCAAAUCCAGUCGGUUCUUAUAUUUGGAAUCGCGAAAUGGGGAAAAUUGAAUUCGCGCAAAAUUCCUGUUGUUUAAUUGUUUGGUUGAGGCAGAGAAUGAUUCAAUAUUUUGUUUGCGCGUGCACUACUGUUCUACAUUCCUGCUGUGUCGUCUUCUUUCAAUGUUCCAGAAAAGAACCGCCUGCAUUUGUUACUGCAAAAUCUUGCUCUGCAAUGGUUUCAUUGUUCCAACAUCUUGUUAUUGCUGAAGGAGACAAGAAAUGGAGAUAGAUGAAUGUAGGAAGUUGUUGCUAAAUAAGGCGCUGCAGAUUAAUGUACCGAACGCCCAAAGGUUCGUAGACUACAUCAUCAGUCACAGAUUGCCUGCAGAGAUCAGACAGUAUUCAUCUGCCUCCAUUCAGCAAUUGCGCUCCCUGUUCAGUGAUUACCUUGAAGCCCACCCACUGAGACAAGAAAUUGAUAUGGAUGAAUAUAGGAAGUUGUUGCUGAAUAAGACCAUGCAGAUUGAUGCACGAAACGCCCACAGGUUUGUUAACUACAUUGUCAGUAACAAAUCGCCUGCAGAGAUUGCACGGUAUUUAUCCGGCUCCAUUCAGCAACUGCGCUCCCUGUUCCGUGAGGUGAUCACUUACCUUGAAGCUCACCCACCACUAAUUCAGCAGUUACCCCUGCAGAAGCCACCUUCAUGGGGACAUGGUCAUGGCUUACAGUUCCCUCAGCCUCAGUUGCAUCCAAGCAGCAGCUUUCCUGGAAAUCAGGCUCAAGUCCCUUUGCCCCAUGGGCAACCUCAGUUUGACCCUAGAUUCAGUUUUAACAGAAUACAGCCACCAUUGUUCCCGUUCAGUCCAAUUGAAACAGUGCACCGUGGUCAGCUUCAGUUUUAUCCAAGCAGCAGUACUGAUAGAAUUCAGCCUCAAUUGCUUCCAGUUGUUCAAAUUGGGCAACCACUGCCUCAGAUUCGUCCAAGUGCAAAUUUUAAUGAGAUUCAGCCGCAAUUUCCCACCAAUGUUCAUUCCAAUGCUCUUCAGAGCGCUGAUCGAAAUGCUUCUCAGAGUGUUGCUGGAGGUUCAUCCAGAAGGUCCCAGCGUUGUUAUAAUCACUUCAAUGGUGGUUGUAAAAAUCGUAAGUGUCAGUAUUGUCACUGGUCUUAUCUUUCUGGGCUGAAGUUCGAGUUGCCAAAUCACUCCCUUGAGAGAUUGCCCUUGUUGGGAGAAGAGAUCAGACAGCUCCUUAUUUCACAGCAACCAUCAGUAGUCCCAAUUGAGCAUCUGCCAAUGAUAUACUUUGCAAAGUAUGGGAAGUCUCUGUUUGUGACGGACUUCAAACCAGAGGUGCAGCAGCUUGGGGAAAAGGGUAGUUACAGCCUCAUAUGUCUGCUCAUGAGGCUUGAUACUAUAAAAGUGAUCGAGAGCGAUGGACAACAAUGUGCAGCCCUGGGGGGAGAUGCUCUUGAGUCAAGUGGCUCGGCUGCUGAUUCCAAAUUGGUGCUUGCUCCUCCAAAUACAAGGCAUAUAGUUACAAUUUAUAUUGCCUUCUCUCGUCAAAGCACAUUCACUGUCAGAGGUGCUUGGAGCUACUUCAGGAAGUUUGGGCCUGUCACUUUUCUGCAAAUCCUAGGGGCCAUGAGAGGUUGGGUGAGCUUCCUGUAUCCUGAGACUGUAAAAUUGCUAUUAUCAGAAACCAGAAGUAACCGUCACUUGAUACUUGGAGCGGUAGUUCAUAUCUUUUCCUCCAUGGAAAAACUUGAACGGACGGUGUCAGGUCAGGAAGAAAGUGACAAGGUGUCAGAUGUCAAUGUCAGUUAUGAGCAUCACAUUGGGGGAAAAUCAUCAAGCAAAUUCGAACUAUCUCCAGAGAAACUGAAUAAUGAGUGUGAUAAAGUAACUAGUGCUGAUAAGAGCAGCAGUACUGUUGCUCACGGAAUGGCUUCAGAAGGUGACAAUGCAGUAGAACCGUCAGAUCUAUCAAAUCGUUCAGACAAGGCAUCAGCAGAUCAAGAUAUUGAUGAUUCUGGACUUCAGGAUGACCUUGCUGUUGACUCUUCGUGCUACGAGCAGACAAAUUCGCCAACAGAUUGUACAUUGCCGUAGGAUCAUCAAACGUGUGCAGUAAACAAAAGCCAGAAGAACAGGACUGGAAGCAUAGUUGAAAUAGGUUCAUAUAGAAAAUAUCAUUUUACAGCUCAUUUUAAAGCAGAAACAUAUUUUCACAAUGUAGGUCUCAUUUCGAGAAAAGAGUGAUAUACUGUUCAUGUAUUGUUGCUCAAUUGUUUGACCUCAUAAGGAAAAAAAAUAUGUACAUUGGUUGAAUUCU